UAAAAUCUUUAUAUGUAACCCAACAAACAACAAAGCCUGCUGUUUUCCCAACUUUUCCUUGAUUUCCUCAUCCAAAAUCCCAAAUACAUAAAAAGUGAAGAACCAGAUCAUUACUCCGUGACGCUUCUCUCCUUUUUCCCAAGAAUUUACCCGUCAAACCAAACUAGUUGCCAUAGAAAGUUUUUGAAAAAGAGAGGAGGGGGCAGUUGGCGGCUGCCACCUAACUCUGGAGAGAGAAAAAUCAGGGGUUUCACAUUAGAUCUGAUUAUUUUUCUCUUUCUGGGUUUUUUUUUUCCUCUUUCCUUUCACGGGUCUUGUUGGGUUGCAUCGAAAGUUCCUUGAACCUGAGCAAGUUUUGUUUCUUCAAGUUGUUGGUUGAGGAACUGAGACUUUUCCAUUUUCUUUAUUCUUUGCUAAAUUGUUGAGUGGUUUUUUGUGAGAGAUUUUGAGGCUUCCAUGGGGGCUUGCUGGAGCAAGCGAAUCAAGGCUGAGAGCCCAUUUCAUACAGGUGUGAAUUCAGGGAAUUCAAGUAGCAAGUCGUCUACUGUACCUGCAGCAUGUCGGAGUGAGGGAGAGAUCUUGGAAUCCUCCAACUUAAAGAGUUUCACUUUUAGCGAACUCAAAAACGCCACCAGAAACUUCCGUCCGGAUAGUGUAUUAGGAGAAGGCGGAUUUGGUUCAGUUUUCAAGGGUUGGAUCGAUGAGCGUUCAUUCAUUGCUGCAAAGCCUGGGACUGGAUUGGUGAUUGCUGUGAAGAGGCUUAAUCAAGAAGGUUUUCAAGGUCAUAAGGAAUGGUUGGCAGAAAUUAACUAUCUUGGGCAGCUUCAUCACCCUAAUCUUGUCAAGUUAAUCGGAUACUGUUUUGAGGAUGAUCAGAGGCUCUUGGUUUACGAGUUCAUGCCCAAGGGAAGCAUGGAAAACCACUUAUUCAGGAGGGGCUCUUAUUUCCAACCACUUUCUUGGAGCAUUCGUAUGAAAGUCGCUCUUGGUGCGGCAAAGGGACUUGCUUUUCUUCACAAUGCUGAGACAAAAGUAAUAUAUAGGGAUUUCAAGACGUCUAAUAUCUUGCUCGACUCGGACUACACUGCAAAACUUUCUGAUUUUGGGUUGGCCAGAGACGGGCCAACUGGUGAUAAGAGCUAUGUUUCCACUAGGGUCAUGGGUACUUUUGGAUAUGCUGCACCAGAGUAUCUAUCAACAGGUCAUUUAACUGCCAAGAGCGAUGUAUUCAGCUUUGGAGUUGUCCUAUUAGAAAUGUUAACUGGUAAACGGGCAAUAGACAAGAACCGGCCAUCCGGAGAGCACAACUUGGUGGAGUGGGCGAAACCGUAUCUUACAAAUAAGCGAAGAAUUCUUCGAGUUAUUGAUGUCCGUCUAGAAGGUCACUAUCCACUGGGCCAGGCCCUAAAGGCCGGUAACCUCGCACUUCAAUGCCUAUCUUCGGAGCCCAAGCUAAGGCCCAGAAUGGAUGAGGUGGUAACCUUUUUAGAGAAGCUUCAGGACACAGGGAAAGUUGCACAAAAAGAGCACGCUUCUAAUCAUGACAGCCAUAGCACUGAUGGAAAAGCCUCUGGAAGGAUUGCCUAUCCCAGACCUUCUGCUUCCCCUCUCUACGCAUAGAAAUUCUUAUGUCAUGAUAAUAUUUAUUCGUUCAUAUGUGUCUGGGUGAGGAGGGAGGGAGGGAAUGCAGGAGAAGUCAGACUGUACCUGUGUUUUGUUAGAGCAGUGUAUAGUUUUUUGUCAUGUUUUCGUUUUUCUUUUUUUUUCCUCUUUGGUUGAUGUACUUAAUUUCUACUGUGUGGUAACCUUUGGAAUGAUGGAGCAUUCGUGAAUAUUCAGUGACUUGGGAAAUGUAUAUACUGCUUGAAAAGA